GAUGCCAUUGCUAUGACGUCGAUAUGAGGCGGACGCAGAGCGGCCAUUACGCAGCGGCUUUCUCUCGGAAAAGGUCGCCCGAGCCGAAGCGAGCUUUUUAGCCCGGAAAAAAAUAUUGCAAAUCAUUUUCCUCACCAGUGUUUCACCACAGGGCGCAUAAAAACACCCAAAACACACGGGGCGAGGUGUUUUUUUUUUCUAAACCGUGAACGCGUCGUGCUUUUUUUUUUUCUUUCUUUCUUUCUUUCCGGGAACCAGAAGCUAAAAUUGAGCUAGUCGUGCUAACUAGCUAGAGACAAAUAGCGCCGCAGGUCCUGCUAGCUAUAACCGAACCAGGAGUAAAAUCCGAAUCAAUUCAAGACGCCUCCAGAAUGGACGAUAAAGUGUUUACUAAAGAGUUAGACCAAUGGGUGGAACAGCUCAACGAGUGCAAGCAGCUGACCGAGAACCAAGUCAGGACGCUGUGCGAGAAGGCUAAAGAGAUCCUGACCAAGGAGUCCAAUGUGCAGGAAGUGCGCUGCCCCGUCACGGUGUGUGGCGAUGUGCACGGCCAAUUCCACGAUCUCAUGGAGCUUUUUAGAAUCGGAGGGAAGUCUCCUGACACAAACUACCUGUUCAUGGGCGACUACGUAGACAGAGGCUACUACUCGGUGGAAACAGUCACCCUGCUUGUUGCGCUAAAGGUCCGUUUCCCAGAGCGCAUCACGAUAUUGAGAGGAAACCAUGAGAGCAGACAGAUCACACAGGUCUAUGGCUUCUAUGAUGAGUGCUUGAGGAAAUAUGGCAACGCAAACGUCUGGAAAUACUUUACAGACCUUUUUGACUAUCUGCCUCUUACAGCCCUGGUUGAUGGACAGAUCUUCUGUCUGCAUGGUGGUUUGUCUCCAUCUAUAGACACACUGGAUCACAUUCGCGCUCUAGAUCGUCUUCAGGAGGUGCCACAUGAGGGGCCGAUGUGUGACUUGCUCUGGUCAGACCCUGAUGACCGUGGUGGCUGGGGAAUCUCUCCCAGAGGUGCCGGCUACACUUUCGGACAGGACAUCUCUGAAACUUUCAACCAUGCCAACGGUCUUACCCUAGUGUCCCGUGCCCAUCAACUUGUUAUGGAGGGAUACAACUGGUGUCACGAUAGGAAUGUUGUCACCAUCUUUAGUGCACCAAACUACUGCUAUCGCUGUGGCAACCAGGCUGCAAUCAUGGAACUGGAUGAUACUCUUAAAUAUUCUUUCCUUCAGUUUGAUCCCGCACCUCGGCGUGGAGAGCCCCACGUCACCCGCCGCACCCCCGAUUAUUUCUUAUAAAAACACACACACACACACACACACACACACACACACACACACACACACACACACACACACACACACACAAACAAGCCUGACUUAGGAAAACCGACCUCUAAAGCAAACAACAAAAAUACGGCAGAUCCCUACAUAUAUACAUGUCUUCAUCCCACCGCGUGUGUAUAUAUUUGGGGAUGUGUUAGGACGUGACAUGAAAGCACUAACAUGGACCAAAAUGUGCCAUACAAGCAUUUAAUGCCGGAAUACAAAUCGCCCUGUGUCUCAAUACUGCUACACAGUGUCCCGUUUUAGCCUUUAGUGCAAUUGCCUGCUGUAUAUGGAUAGUAAUGUUCUCUUUGUUCUUCAAAUGUACAUGACUCUGAGCAAAAAAAAAAAAAAGAAAAAAGGAAAAGGAAAAAAAAAAGAAAAAUAUCCAAUAUCUAGCGCCCCUCCCCUUUCAGUAUCACUGGAAAAACAAUGUUCUUUAAGUUGGCAAUGCCAGGCAUGUGAAAUAAGGUAACAUUUUAUACAAGUGCACAAGCUUACAUCCUUUCCUGUCUUCAACAAACACUAUACUAUUGGGAAUGAAUGCUUAAUUGGAGGAAGGAGCGUUUUCCUUCUUUGGGAGUGUUUGCUUUCAUGUACAUGGACCCCUAUCUUAACUCAACUGUCCAUCCCUUUGUCUACCAUCUUUUGUGUUCUGUCUUUUCUGUGUAUUUGUCAUAAAGUGAUUGCCUCUUCUUUGGUGUAUUUGAACUAAUAAAGUCCUUUUAUCGCAA